AUGUAUACUCCUCCAAGAAGCAUGUCAAGUAAUAGUUACUAUUAUCGAAAUUAUCCAUAUUAUUAUCCAUAUCGUAGCAACAUGUAUGGUUACUAUGAUGAAUACCAUAGUAUAUAUGAUGAAGCCAACAACAUUGUGGAAAGAAAUCCAUAUCCAUUUGAUGAUCCAUAUUUUGAUAGAAGAAUGGUGGAAUCUGGUUAUCCAUAUUAUGAUUCAAGAUAUGUUUUUCAUGGAAGAGUUGACCCUUACACUAGCUAUCAAUCUUACUUUGAGACUCCAUUGUUGUCUUACCCUCAACCAUUGCCAUCACCAACCAUACAUCCAUUUUAUACACCAGAUUGGUUGUGUACUAUUAUGAACACUUGGCUCCUAGUGGAUAUCUUGAAUUACGUUGUGAACGAAAACUCUAAUAUAAAGGAUUUUUCACUUCAAGCUGUGUAUGAUUCGUCGUCGCCCCGAACCAAGAUGACUAAUGUUGGUACAACUUAUGCAACAUCCGAGAAUACAGUUUCAACCCCUCCACCUACAAUCUCUAAUGAAAUGCCACCUCCUCACACUAAGAAGCGAAGGAAUCGUUCAGAGGUUUGGAAGCAUUUCAUUGUAUCGUCGGAAGAAGAACAAAAAGCUUCGUACAAAUACUGUGACACGAAAAUUAAGUAUAAUAAUGGAACUAGUUCCAUGCAUGCUCAUGUAUCGAGAUGCCUUGUUUACAAGAGGCAAAGGACAUUAUCUUCUACGACAAGUGUUGAAGAACAUGUUGGCUCUCCUUUAAUUGUCAAGUUUGACCAAGAAGCCAUUAGAAGAGCAAUGGUUAAGAUGUUCAUAAACAUGGAGAUUCCUUUUCGGAAGGUUGAACAUGAGUCUUUUCAUGAAUUUAUGAAUCUCGCAUCACCAAGAUUUCAGAUUUGUUCACGCGCAACACUAGUGCGUGAUGUCUCGAAACUAUGGGAUAGUGAAAGAAUGAUUUUGAAAAUUUCUCUCUCUCUGAAUUGUCGAAGAGUUUGUUUCACUACUGAUAUGUGGACUUCUUCUUGUCAAAAGUUGAGUUAUAUGUGUGUGACAGCCCAUUUCAUUGACAAUAAUUGGCACUUACAGAAGAAGAUUUUAACUUUUUGUCAAGUCACAAGUCAUACAGGGGAUGCUAUUUGUGCAACAAUUGAGAUGUGCUUGAACAGUUGGGGGUUAAACUGUGUGCUUAGUUUGACAGUUGAUAAUGCUUCAUCUAAUGAUGUUGGGGUUGAGCGUCUCAAGAGAAGGCUUUUGUCUAGGAAUAGUUUAGUUAUGAGUGGAAACCAUUUUCAUAUGCGGUGUUGUGCGCAUAUAUUGAAUUUAAUUGUGAAAGAAGGUUUGAAAGACAUUGAUGGCUCUAUUGGUAGAAUCCGUCAUGCUGUGUGGUAUGUUAGAUCUUCUCCUGCGAGACUUGCUAAAUUCAAGGCAUGUAUUGAUGAGGAAAGCAUGGAUUAUAAAGGUUUAGUUUGGCUAGAUGUUGAGACUCGUUGGAACUCAACAUACUUGAUGUUAGUAUCCGCAUCAAAACAUGAGAGGACCUUUGAAGAAUUAAGUUUUCGAGAUAAAAAGUAUGUGAAUGAGUUGACAAAGAAGGGGAAAGGUGUUCCGACAGAAGAAGAUUGGAAGCAUAUUAACUUAAUCAUUCCAUUCUUGAAGUUAUUUUAUAAUGCUACCUUACACAUAUCGGGGUCAUCUUAUUUGACAAGCAAUAUUUAUAUGUUUGAGAUCCUGGGUAUUGGAAAGAGCAUUGUGGAUAUGUGUGCGUCUGAAGAUGAGCAUCUAUGUUCAGUAGCUCAAAAAAUGAAGAAGAAAUAUGAUAAAUAUAGGGGAAAUCAUGAGAAGUUUAACAUGUUGUUGUUGAUUGCUCUAGUAUUCGACCCUAAGCGCAAGAUUAGAUUGGUCGAUUGGAUGGUAAGGCGAUAUUAUAAUAAGGAUGAUGCUGACGCCUUGAAAGCAAAUUUAGAGUCUAGCUUGAAAUCUAUUUAUGAGGAAUAUCGUGUUGGAUUUAUGUCUCCUCAAGAAGGGCGUGACAAUGCGGAUAAUGAGUUAACUACUUAUCUUGGAGAGAAGUUAGAGCAUAACAUGGAGAUAAAUGUUCUAGAGUGGUGGAAAGUGAACUCUGACCGAUAUCCCAUCCUUUCAAACAUUGCAAGAGACAUCCUGGCUAUACCUAUAAGCACAGUGGCUUCUGAAUUUGCAUUCAGUACAGGAGAAAGGGUGCUUGAUCCAUAUCGCAACUCAUUAACACCUACAACAGUCGAAUCGUUGAUAUGCACCCAAGAUUGGCUCAAAGGAACAUCUUCCUCCUUGAUUACAAAUGAAGAUUUUGAUAUUCUUGAGAGAUUUGAGCAAGAAUUACUUUAUACGGAAGAUGGUGCUAGCUGUUCAACCUCUUCAACUUCUGUUACACUCGAAGAUGAUUUAACGGUAAAGAAUUCUAAACAUUAA